CGUGCAGGUGAUGGGAGGCGGAGAGACUUUUUCCUGUUUCCUGCUGAGGGAAAUGGUCGAAAAGGACUACCGAUGAUGGAGACGGAGUAGCACGUUUGGCAACAGAAGAAGAACUCCAUUUAUGUUUCCUUGCUGUGUAGCGUGAAGAAAGAGAAGAAGAAGAAGAAAUGGAGACAUGACCCUCCCUUGUCCCUGCUGAGAGGUUCUUCUUCCCUUUGUUCGUCCAGGCUUUCGGAAGGUGCUGGUUCUUGGUGUUUCUGGCGUCUUGAAUCUGCAUGGUUUUGGGGUUUGGGAGGUGGAUCUCAGGAUCAUAGGUGAUUUUACUGGGCAUUGUUUGGCUCCACAAGACUGAUUCUUUCCGGAAAAACCUCGUCUCGAUUACUUUGGUGAGUCAGUUCUACAACUCCAGAACUGAUACUGAUGUGGACUUGAAGCAUCUUUGCAACUGAAACAUGUCUCUGAUGAAAAGACUUCUAGAAACACAUUGGGAACAAAGGUUCAGGAUAUACUUUGAUUCAUUCGACAUCCAAUUGUGUAAAUGAAUCAUCCUUUUUGGUGGAAAUCAAGUAGCCCGACCAUUCCAAAUUCCUUAAACUCUGAUAACUUGAGUAUGCACAUGGACUUCUUGGCUCAACAUGGUAAUGAGAUGAAGCAUCUAGGCGAUCAAAUGCCUGACCAAAACUCUUCGUCAACUCAGUCAAGUGGUCAAGCCCAUCAAGAAGUAUCAGGAACAAGUGAAUGCAACAACCAUGAGCAGUAUAUUUCAGCACAUUCUGCCACUGAUAAUACACACGAAAAGCAAGUUGAGGGUCAUAUGAAGGCAGUUCUAACUCUAGGGACUCCAGAAGCGUCAAGUGCACCUCCAAGAUUUGAUUAUAACCAGCCUUUUGCUUGUAUAUCAUACCCCUAUGCUGAUGCAUACUACGGAGGAGUGCUCGCUACAUAUGGCCCACAUGCUAUAAUCCAACCCCAAAUGGCCGGAAUGGCAUCCUCUGCUCGAGUACUGCUGCCUACUGAACCUGCUGCUGAAGAACCCGUUUAUGUGAAUCCAAAACAAUACAAUGCAAUCCUCAGAAGGAGACAGCUUCGUGCACGGUUGGAGGCUCAAAACAAAGUUAUCAAAACUCGAAAGCCAUACCUUCACGAGUCUCGACAUCUUCAUGCAAUGAAGAGAGUGAGGGGAUCAGGCGGCCGCUUUGUUAACACAAAGCAGCUCCAGCAGCAGAAUUCCCAGCCUUGCUCCUCCAAAGCGUGCCGGAAUGUCUCAUGUUCUGAGCCCUGCUCCUGUAGUGGCCUAGUUGGUUCGUCUGCCACAUCUACCAGCUCCGACAUGACGUCUCUUUCGACAAGCAGAAGAAUGUUAGUGCAGCAGGAUCAGUCAUGUUAUUCGCAGCCCGGUUUCCGCUCCAGUGCUGCAGCAACUAGUCAGGGCGGAGGCAGGAAAAUGGGAAACGGCUCCGAGCAACGGACACCAGCCGUGAGGUAAAAGCACAGGAUGCACAGGCAGUGCGCAUGUCACUUUCCACUGUCUCAGUGCUUCCCUGGCAAUUCAUCCUUGGCUUAUUAUGUUUCGACUAAAAUGCCUUGUUUCAUAAGUUCGGAUCCGAAACCAAGUCUGAAAGAUGAUGAAUAAUCAGCCACCAUAUCAGUUUGUUCUGGAUUUGUAUGGUUGAAGGAGCUGAGACUGCCUCCAGCUAAAACUCUUGGAUAUAUGUUCAAGCAAUAUGCAUGGAUUCUCUUCUCCUUAAAACUUGUAUGACAACAGUGUUGAUCUGACUGACCACACUGCAAUAUUUCUUUUGCUUUCUCUUUC